GCCAUGGCCAACAGGGGCCCGAGUUACGGCCUGAGCCGAGAGGUGCAAGAAAAGAUCGAGCAGAAGUACGACCCGGACCUGGAGCAGCGGCUGGUUGACUGGAUUGUGGCCCAGUGCGCGGGCAGUGUGGAGAAGCCACCGGCGGGUAGGGAGGGCUUCCAGAAAUGGCUGAUGGAUGGCACGGUCCUGUGUCGACUCAUCAACAGUCUCCAUCCAAAGGACAAGGAGCCUGUCAAGAAGAUCUCAGAGUCUCAGAUGGCCUUCAAGCAGAUGGAGAAGAUCUCUCAGUUCCUCCAGGCAGCUGAAGCUUAUGGAGUUACCAAAACUGAUAUAUUCCAGACCGUAGACCUUUGGGAAGGAAAAGACAUGGCUGCAGUGCAGCGGACUCUCAUGGCACUGGGCAGCGUGGCUGUCACCAAUGAUGACGGUCAUUACAAAGGGGACCCAGACUGGUUCCACAGGAAAGCGCAGGGCUAUCGGCGGGAGUUCACUGAGGAGCAGCUGCGCCAGGGCCAGAGUCUGAUCAGCCUUCAGAUGGGCAGCAAUCGCGGAGCGUCUCAGUCGGGUAUGACGGGCUACGGUAUGCACCGUCAGAUCAUGUAG